AUGAGCCAAUCACCGGCGCUGAGUUGCUGGGAGCACGAGGGCGUCUGUCCCCAGAAUUUUGGUCCCCUGGCCCAGACACUGACCCCUGCUCCGGCGAAGUAUCACCUGCAGCAAUGCAGGUUCCCAGGUGACCUUCCUGCUGAGCUGCUGUUCUUCUCUCUCCUUCUCGAUGCCCUUCCUUCGUCAUUCCAUCCUGCACUUCCAACAACUGCUUUGCUCCACGCCGGCCAACCAUCCAUCUAUCUUGCUUCUCAGCUCAAGAUGGCCAGCAGAAUUACCCCCCAGUCUCUCCGCUACCCUGACUUUCCGUGGGACUCGAUUGGAGAGGAGCUCGUCGACUGGUUCCAAGGGCUUCAGCCAUGCAUGUGUCAGCCGCUCGAUGCCUAUCUUUGCGGGCUGUCCUACGCCGACCUCUCAAAUAUCGUUCAGGAGUACCGUACUACUGGUAUCACUCCCUCGCGCACUUGUGGCUGCUCUAGCCAGAAGACCACGACCUCUACCCCGCGUCCCGAAGCUCCGCCCAGUGCCACCUGCCGACUGCUGCCUGAGGGCAGCAAGAAGAGGUGGCCCCAUGAUGUCUAUCCGGCCCAGCCAGAAGCUCUUGACUGGGUCAUGAGAAGAAUGCAGGAGAGAGACGUAGAGGCGAGCAUGAAGCAAAGCUGGGUUGACCACCCCAAACAGUGGUGGAGAUCCGCUGCGUUUAUUCCCUCAGCGCAGUUUCCCCGCAAGCGCGACCGGCUUCUCCCUGGCAACGGCAAUAAGACAGUGUUUGGACCUUGUCAGCAGCGCACUGGAGCCAUCAACACGCUUCUCGUUUUGAACAGCUACCAUUCACCCCCACGGACUCCCGCAUCGGCGGCCAACAGCCUGUGGCUUUCUUACCUUGAUCGAAGCUGUACCUCAUCAUCGUCAUCAAGCGCACAGCCACCUAUCACUCCAGCUGUCGGCGUCAUGGUUUCAGAACCCAAGUUCACCGACUCAGAGGCCAAAACUCUGUUUGCACCUUAUUGGGUGUGUGAUGUUCAGCUUCUUCCUGCUACUAGCUGGGACGAGGCUACAUUCACAGUCCCCAUCGCCACCAAGGCAUCCGAACCCAUCUCGUUCCGCGACAUCCAAGGCGUAACAGUCUUAUUCCCUGCAUGUUACGUGAUCGGUGACGACGACUCUUUGAACAAGCUUUUGCAAAUGCGUCAGACAGGGUCGGCCAUCCUCAAAGACCUCCUCCACAACGGCCUAGCCAGCAUCCUCGACGACCGGGUGUACGCUUGCACCAAGUCACUUCUCGAGGGCGCAAUACUAGAAAAGACUGAUUGGAAUUUGGAAGCGCUGUGCCGCCAGCUGUCACUCUGGUUUAAUGUCUGGACGAACCGCAAGAAAGCUGUUUUGCUUCAUGCAGCCCACCCACUGCAGAUUGAGGAGCUUGUCGAGGAUCUCUUUGUGGCACUGGGUAGAAUCGAAGCAGGAAAGUCCAAAAUCGCCAAGCGUGAAAGUUGGGUCAAACUGGGCACGGAGUGGUCGACCAAUUGCCAGUCCAUCCUUUGCGCCGUUCUGAACAACAGUGUCAGCAUCAAGGCAGAUGCCACGAGCGAGGCACUUCUUGAACGCAUCAACAGUCGCAUUGUCAGGGCAAACAAGCAAGAGAUCCUCAACAUCCGCUCAGCACUUGAUCGGGUUAGGGACAAUCUGUCCACAGUGAUCCAAACCUUCAGAACGUUCGUGGACGGCGAGCGUCUAAGACGCGCGUUCCGACAGGCGUUCACAAGCGUGGUGACGCAAGACGUUCCUAUUGAUCCUGAUAACGUUCACGCAUUCUUUGGCGGCGAUACCGACGAAGAGAGCAUUGCGACUUUACGCUCAGGUAGUCUGGACCGCUACAACGCAGAUUUCAGUCAUCUCAUCUGUGAUGACUUGGGGUCCCGACUGUUCGCAAUUCGUUCCGACAAGGAGCUGGUGGAGUACUCACGCAUGAAGAACCUUUACAACGCUCCCGCGUCGCCCUCGCCCCACCUCAACCAGUUGCCAGCUGUGCAGAAGAUUGAGGAGAGAAGGCGCGUGCAGAAGCUGCGAGAGACGGAACGAUCCGCAGAGCAGACAGCCGUGAUCACUGCCGCAUCCGCAAAGCGCGCUCUGCCCGCAUUAUCAUCUUCGGAGGCUAUCACCACAGGACUGCCCUCGCCCACACACAGCAACGGUGUCCUUCACACCUGUACCUCUGACAUCUCCUUCUCCACCCAGGAAGGGAAGGAUCAAUGUUCAACGCCGAGGGCCCGCAAGUGGCCACUCGUCAUGGCUGGAUUGGCGGCUGUCGUCGGCAUCUCCGCUGUGUACUACACGUUCGGACUCCCAACCUCCGUGUUGAGCCGCCUGCAUUUCCCUCUGCUCGAUUUCUCGGGCACUGUGUCUCAUGGCUCUUCAUCACAGGUAGUCCUGGCACGUGUCAUCCAUACUUGGGAGUUUGCGGACAAGCUGUUCGUUUCCGACGGCGACAUGGUGGAGCUGGUGGGCAAGCCAGUCGGUGAUUCCCGUGACGCAUCUCUCACUGGCCUGAUGAGAAUCUGUUCCAACCCAACGGUCGCAGACAGUAAGCACUUGAAGGGCAUGUCAAGAAUUGCGUUCGACUCCCGGCAAUGA